AUGGAUGGCCAGUCUGUGUUACCGUAUUACACAGCCAAAAGCAGCCCUGCCAUGGGCACGUUCAGCACCUCCAUGGGGAAACUGCAGCGACAGCUGUACAAGGGGGCGUAUACUAUAUUCAAGUAUGCACCAAUGUUUGAGAGCGACUUGAUUCAGGUCAGCCAAAGAGGAGAAGUGUUGGACGUGCACCACCGUGCCCGAAUGGUGACAGUGGGCUUCGUGCACACCAGCCCCCACCUCACACUGCCUGGUGUCAUGCUGCUGGCCCAACCAGCUGCUGUCUCUGAUGGCUAUAACAGAUAUGGCCCUGCUACCCAGGAAACAGGCAACAAGCCUACACAGGUCUUAGAGCUAACCAGGCUGCUUCCUUUGAAGUUUGUAAAGAUAUGCAUCCACAACAGUAUGAAACAACUGCUCCACCUGAAGCUUGCCACUGGCCACUCUUUUUACCUUCAGCUGUGUUCCCGUUCAGAACAAGAGAUCUUUUUUUUUCACUGGGAAAACCUCAUUUACAUCCUGAGACCACUGGUGGAUGCUUGCAGUGGUGCCUGGGCCAUUCCAGUUGGGGACACACUGGACAUAACUGGGUUUGGGGAAGAAGACAAGAGCCCAGAGGAAAACGCCUUUCAUUUCUAUGGAAUAGCGCAAGAUCAAGUCAGCAUCAGGAACUUUCACAUGAACCCUGACAUAUCUGGGGCCACCUAUUACGUUGACGUUGGGGAGGAAUGA